UGGGUCAUGAACAUGAAAAUGAAAACAAAUCCAUUCAUGCUGAGGAAAUUGGAAAGGCCCGAGGGGAGAGGCAGAAGGGAAGAGGGAUAGAGAGAGAGAUACAUAGCCCUGAAGCAGAGGAACUCCCUCCUUGGUCCUCCUUUUUUUUCAUAAGGCGGAGGACAGACAAAAGAGCGCACCCAGCAGGCUUUCAGCACAGCUUGCCAGCAAAGCCAAAGCUCUCUCAACGGUCAUUUCAUUUCCAGCAGGAUCAAGAGUUUAGUCAGUUUGCAGUGUAUCAUUUCCAGUGAGCUGUGCCGUCGCAAAUAGAAGGAGGCACAGCAAAUGUAUCUUUCUUUGCCGUUAAAAUCUGGAGAGGAAUUUUAGUAGGCAAACGAAGCUGGAGCAGCCUACAGGAUACAAUCUGAAGGACGAUAAAUAAAAUACAGUCCAAGCAGGUAACCAUGCAAGCUGCAGGAUACCAACAGAGCAACUUUGUCCUGUUUACACUGACUUCAGUGGUCAUGUUGGAAGUCUGCAGGGUUCAGGGCUGUCGGACUGGCUCAUGGUCAGAGUGUGAGAAAGCCCCUUUUGUCCCAGGCCACAACCUGGCAGGAGAGGGUUUUGAUGUGGUUCGAAUGCGUCGAACAGGGGCGUAUGUCAUCAACGUCAAAGGUCAUACAGCUGACAACCACACCUGCACAUUGUGUCCAAACCGCUUCCAACAAGGACAGAUUCAGAAGCUCCCUGCAGCAGUGCUCGACUGGCGUCCCUUCAGCCGCUGCAGUAAGCAGCUUUCCAGUGCCCUCCACCACUCUGUGGACUCCCUGCUGCGCAGCUCCAACUCCCUGGUUAACAACAACUGGGGACUGGGUCUAAGUUUAGAGAAUAUUGGCAAUGGGGUGCUGGGAGGAAGCCGCUCAGACUUGGCAAAGUUUGCCCGUUCACAGCACAGCGUGGAUAAGGCCACUUUUGCCAUACAUGAAAUCAGCUGCACCUACUACAGCUACAGGCUGGCUGAUCAUCCCCAGCUGAGUGCAGAGUUCACGAAGCAUUUGAAGAGACUCCCACAGACUUUUAAUUCGAGCCAGGACAGAGCUCUAUAUAGGCGGCUGAUAGACACCUAUGGAACGCACUACAUACAUCAGGUCCAGCUUGGUGGUAAGGUGAGGCGAAUCACCGCCUUCAGGACCUGCCUGGCUACACUGAAGGGUUUUUCUGAGUCUGACGUCAAAAACUGCCUGAAUGUUGAACUCAAAAUGGCUCUUGGUUUCCUCCCUGGCAAUGCAUCCUUCUCCAACAAGUGUGGCAACCUCCUGAAGGGUAACAUGAGCAUGGGCUUCUACCAAGGCUUCAUGACCCAUAAGAUCGAAAUUAUCGGAGGGGAGAGGUACUUUCCCGACAUCGUCUACCAGCAGGACCCAUCUGAAGCGUACCACAGCUGGAUGAAUAGCCUCCACAAUAACCCUGAUGUGGUCUCUUAUGGGAUCUUCCCUCUGCACCAUCUGGUUGAUGACCCACAGGUUAGUGCUAACCUGAAAAGCACUGUCACACAGUAUAUUAAAGAGAACCAGCUAAAGGAGGACCAGUUUGGUUUCAAGAACUGCUCCCCGACUCCAAACCUGGACCAUAACUGCUGUCCCCUACGAGCUGGCAGAGGAACUCUCAGACUGGUGAUCCACAGAGCUGCAGGUCUGAGGGCAGACACCUUCACAAAAACGGACGCCUACGUGAAGAUCUUCUACAACGACAUUUACGAGGAGACGGAGACGGUGAUGGACGACAAUGACCCAGUGUGGAAUGUGACGUAUGGAUUUGGAUCAGUGGAACUGGGUCAGCAGUUGAGGUUUGAAGUCUGGGAUAGAGAUGUGCUUUACAACGACGUAGCAGGUAGAUGUGUCGUCUUCCCUGAGCGAGGAACUCACUCCCUAAGCUGUCAGCUGAACAAAGGCGUUCUCUACUUCACCUACACCGUCAAAUGCGAUGCUCAUCUGACGGGCUUCAGGUGUGGUCGAUACUCCCCCAAUGCCGAGUAGAUUAUUAGAUCACAAUGUGUUAAUGUUGUUUUAGCAUUUUUCUCGACACAUAAUGUUGAACUUGCAAUCAUAUAUUUUAUCUUGUUACUUUGUAUUUUAGCUGUAAAUAUCUUUCAACAUACCAAAAAAAAAAAAGAAAGUACCCCUUUUGUCACAUACAAUUUCAUCAUGUAAAAAUUCUUAGAUUCUUGCAAAGAAAAAUAAAUUGUAUUAUCUAAUUAUUAUCUAACUAGUCUUUGUACGUUCAUUGUACAUACCAAAAUAAAGUGAUUUUGAAUUGGGACAUUUGUGUCACCUUGAGUUGUCAGAUGUAAUGACGUAUGUUGAUAAUGCCCACGAGGGCAACAAACACCAUUUCUGUAUGUUGACCAAUUUCUUUGAUAUACAGUAACCAAAGCAGUCAAGAACAUCAUUUCAGAAACGCUAAAUAUUAAAAUAUCUAUGCCUCCAUUCACAUAAAGGAGCAAAUUCAGAAAAUCAGAUUAAGUCCAAUUCAUU